GCAUCUUCCGAAACUAAACUCAUCGCGUCUGCUUAAAUGCGACUUGGGGGGAAAUGUCGUCAUGAAGUCCUCGGAGAUAGUGCUGUGUAUUCGGCAACGGGCUCUUGUAUUUGUACGGAGAUACUUGUGCAAGCUGUUGAACCGUCAUUAUGUGGGCCUCUGAAAUUGCGAUAUACGUCUCAUAUCGUUGUGCAGAAAUAGAUCGCCGUGCGUGCGUGCUAACCCUGACAUCAUUCGUUGUUUCCCGUUCACUUUAUUUGCUCCAAAGGAAAACAAACAGGACUCGUUUUGGCGGAACCCCGCGAGGAAGUCAGUAGGUGUUGACGUGUUCGCUCGAACGAGGGGACUGGACAUAGACUGAGACCUAACGCGUAAUAUGGUGAACAUAUUUUCCCUAGUGUCAGAUGAUCUUGUUUGUUGUUUUUUUCACUGCGCUUGUUAAUUGCACAAUCAGCUCAUCGCGUUCCACGGGUCUCACCGAAGCUGAGUGAAGCCAUAUCUGUUGCGCGACAUAGCAUAUUCGACCACCCUCACCGAAGAUAGCGGAUUACAUGCGGUCCUGUGGUGAUCCUGUUCGGGUUUGAGGCGUGCCUAAGAUCAUCGUGCAUUGAUGCUGUAUCAGCAAUGCAGAGCAGAACUGAUGCUGACUCAUCCAUGAAUGAUGUAGACCUGAGAGUGAAAGACAGGAGCUUUGGACUGAUGAUGCCAGCCAAGGUUAGGACUAUGAGGGACUAUGAACAGCAACUGAACGUAUUGAGGAAAGAGAACCUUCACUUGAGGCUGCGGAUGUUUUUCCUGGAACAAGGGAAAGGCAGGCACUGUUCUGUCAGCACUGGAGGAGAAUAUGAAGCAUUCGUACAACAAGUUCAAAAUGACAUGAAGACAUUAGUCAACGAGGUCGACAAGCGAAAUGCUCUCAUACAAAAAAACUGGGUGACAAUCGAACAACAACAUGAAGCUAUUGAAAAACUUACUGAAGAAAAGCUUGCUGCAGAGAAGGAACUUUUCACUUUGCAAACUAAAGCGCUUCUUGCUGAAGGAGCAAAUAAGGACCACCAAAAGAUGGCAAACAUGAUAUCAGAACUGGAGCAACAGAAGAAACAGCUUGAACAAGACAUGAAGGCAUUACGAAAGCGCUUAGGAGAACUGGAAGAACGCGAUAUCCCUGGCAUGCGCAAGGAAAUCGACAAGCGUAACAUAGCAAUUCAGGGUUUGACGGUGCAAGUUGUAAAGAAAGACAAGGCCAUCGCAAAGCUGGAAUCGCAGAUGUCCGUGCUUUCCUCUACUCAGCCCCUAACAGACACCUUUCUGGAACGCCUAGACAGAUCGCUUGCCAGCUCUGAUGUAGAUAGCGCUGUUGCCGCAAGGGACCAAUUCAGGCACGACUUCAGUUUCAUCACAAACCGAAAGAAGAACUCAUCAGAUGCUUCUCCUGUGUCAUCUGUCGCCAUGUCAGCAUUAAAAGAACAAGUUUGCAGCUUGGAAGCUGAACUCAAAAUGAAAGAAGCUGCUAUUGAGAGCAUGGACACCGAAAUGUCUCGGUUGAAGUCUGCCCUGAGAGCGAGCCAGGAACAGUGCGGCGACCUUGAGGGCGAAAUGGAAAGGUCCACGCAGGUGCACAUGAGGAUAUGUGCGGAGAAGGACAAGCUUCUAGAGACCCUGCAGAACAGGGUCCACCAGCUGCAGGAAAAUGUGCAGGAAGUACAGACCUUGAAGACUCGUCAGUCUGCUCUGGAAAGAGAGUGCAACUCCCUUCAUGCUGCCCUCCACGAAAAGGACAACUUCAUCGAAGAGCUGUUGACUGAACGCAACAGGGCAGCAUUUGACACUGAGAAAUCUUUCCAAGAACUCAUCCACUCUAUGAGACAGAAAGAUGAACACAUUGAAGUGCUUCAGACUAAACUCAAUGGAGCAGACGUCGAGGCUCACUACUCCGCGAUUGCCUCUCCGAGCGAAUGCAGUCUUCUGGACCCUACGACCCUCAAGUCUCCUCAUCACCAGGAAGACCCUAAAGAGGCAGGAUCGUUCAACCUAAUUGAACUGUCCGCCGGAGAAGCCUCCAUUCAGAAACCUCAAGACUCUGCAAAACCCGAUACCGAGAGCCUUGACGCCCUCGACAGGGGCUCGUCCUCAAAAUUGCUACCAAUAGAUAGAGACCUGAUAGAAGAGCUCAGUGAGUUCUACGAAAUAUUGUGCAAAGCGAGUCAAGAUGCUGAAGUUCUACCGGAGGUGAAGGCGCCUACGGUGCCACAAGCGGAGUGCUCGAGCGAGCUGCGGCUCAACUUUGUGAGAGAGCUCAAGUCAACGCUUCAGCACGUUUGCGAAAGAGGGUUUGCCCUCGUGACGAGGUCAGAGGACGGUUUGUGUGAGAGUAGUGGCAGCACGGUUGCCACCAGGGGAGGGACUGACAACAAAAUCAGAAACUUGCAGAUAUGCGGAGGUGAUCAGCUGGAUCCAGCAGUCUCGGAAAAGCUGCAGGAGAUACUCACUGUGUUAUCAAUUGAGCCGACAGCAGAAUCAUCUAGUGGAUGGCAUGUCAGAGAUUUGCUUGCACAUCUUGACUCGUUCCUUCAAAAGAUCAGAAGCAAUGGCAGUGAGCUCUCUCAGAGCCAUGCAGUUCAAGAGAAAGAAAUGGCCCAGUUGAGGGAGAACAAGGUUCUCCGGGAACGCUUAUUGGAUUCAAUAGCAGCCAUAACGAAAGUGAAGAGCAGCGAGCAGGGAGUGGGAACGGAGUUUUCAGAUCUCAAGGAAGAAAUUUUGAGAGAGCUGGCCCCUGUCUUGGAGUGUGUUAAUUUCUUGCAUGGCGAAGUGGAUACUAUGAGCGUGUCUACAGGUGAGAAACAGGACAGGUGUGAUAAGAAGAGCGCCAGCAUUGAGGAGCUCGUGUACAUGGUAGAUGAAUCGGGAAGGCUUGUGCCAGUUCCCGAAAGUGCUGUGCCUUCCCCUGAACCUGGGGCCUGCAGGGAAGCUGUUCAUGCUAAGGAUGUUGGUCAACAGACUGAAGAUGCUGCGGCAGCUGAAGAGCUUGAGCAGUUGAGAAAUGAACUCAACAAAUCUCGGGCUCAGGUGAAGUUCCUACAGAAAUCUUUGAAGGAGUCCUUUUCAGUCAGAAUGACAGAUAGCAACAAGCCACUGAUUGAGAUCGACCAAAAUCGUCCUGUCCCCGAGGGUAGCCCGAACAAAUCUGCCAAUAGGCGAUGGCGCAAGCAGCUGACCAACCAGAAGAUGUCUGAGUUUGGAUUGUCGGAAAACGUCUUUGAGCUGCAGGAAGAAAUCUUUUUCCUGGUACUUCGAAUUGAGGACCUCGAACGGCAGCUGGGACGUGGGACAUCGGCUGUGCCCCAUGAGCAUUCCGAGAAGUCGCAAGCGCCCCCUGCAGCUGAGCCAAAGGCGAAGGCACUGCAGGCACGCUGUGAGGCUUUAGAACAGCAGGUGCAGGACAUGCAAGAGGCUUCCACUGUGCUGCUGUGCAGACUAGAAGAGCUUGCUGCUUUCUUGGAACAGCUGCUUCAGUUUGAUGAAUCUGGAGCUUUUGGAUCUAUCUCUUUGCCACCAGACACAGUUGCUCGCAUGCGCCAACUGGUGGCAGACAGUCGAGACUUCUCUCUGUCUGUGUCCCAGAGUAUCCUUGGUGGGUCGGAUACUGGAAGUAUACUGAGUGAACACUCUGUCUUCAAGGCCUCUGCCCAGAAAGAAUUGCAGUCAUCUGCACCCGCUAAAGUUGAAAGUGUCAGCGAGAAAAAAACUACAAAGAAGUUUGACCCCAAAGACAUACCACCACAGGAUGAAGAUGUGGUCUUCAUGGAAGAGGAGCUCGCUAGGCUUCGUGACCAAGUGGAACAGCAACAAGAAGAGAUCUUCGAGCUGUCCAAGCGCCUGAACAAAGACACCAGUGGCGCCUCCCACGCACCCAACACUUCCGAAGGCCGAAGCAAGAAAACUCCACAAUCAGCCCGCUGCCAGCUCCGGAGGUUGGAAAAGCUCUUGCGUCGAAUGCAAGGGUGCAGUGCAAAGUUGGAAGAUGUGCUCACCUCACAUAAGGAACUGUGCCAGAAAAUGUUGGACUACGGCAACUCUGACACUUCUCGGGAGUCUGUCGAACAAGUGCAGCUUCCCUCAUCGGAGCUCAUUGACGCGCACAUUCAAACCAUGAGAAAGCUACAAUUCAAGUUGGAGGAGACAGUCAUCAAUAACGAACUGCUUCGAGAAAUCUUGACAGAGCGUGUUGAAUCUGGAAGUAUAAUCAAAACUGAAAUGGUAUCGACCAGUGCAAGCAGUCCUGAAGCAGAAGCUGCCCAAAAGCUUCAACAGUAUAGUAAAGAACUUGAAUGCAAAGAGCGAAGAGAGGAGAUCCUGAAACGGGCAAUCGCCAAUGAGCAGGCAGCGAAGCUCCAGCUUGAAAAAGAACUUCUUGAGAGUCACAAGGAGCUACAAACGCUGCACGAUGCUCAUUCCAAGCUGGAAGAGAGCUUCAAGCAGUACGGUACAAUGCCCAGCACUGGAUUUGAUACUCACCUGCAGGCUACGCUGCGCGAAGUUCAAGACUGGAACCUCAGGCUUCAGAAAGAGAACGAAGAAAAGUCGCAUCGUGCCUGCGAGCUCGAGGCAGUCUUGAAAAAACUGCAGGCACAGUAUGCCGAACUUACUGCAGAUCUUCAGGAGAAGAAUAUCCAGCUGGAGUUUGCCACUAAAGAGGUAGAGAAUCUCAAAGGUUCUGGAAGCCACAAUGAAACGGACGAGCUCAAAGCCAUGCUCAAGGAUCGUGUUAAUGAGAUUGAGGAAAUAAGUUGUACCGUCAGAGCUCUGCACGAGGAAAUUAAUCACUUGCGUAGCGAAAAAAUGAUGCUCUCUCAUAAACUAGAGGCAACGCACAGGGAUCACGAGGUGCUACUUGAAUCGUCAAGCAAUAAGAUUUCUGAACUGGUGAUGAAGCUUGGUCCACUCUCUGUCCAAAACAAAAACCAGCUCGAUGAAAUCCGUUCACUGAAAGAAGCUAAUGCUGCGCUGCAAGCAAAGUUGGAUAUAGCUGUUUCGAAACUGGAUGCAUUGCACGAGGAACUGGAAGGCUUAGAUCUUGUUGAAGCAGACCACAGUGGUCUGAACCUCUCUACGAAUCAAGAAAUUCCCCUGCAAGAUAAACUCCAGCAAGUUGUGCGUGAGGUCCAGCUGCUGCGUAAGGCAACGGAGGAAUCGCGAUGCUCUGAGGCAGCCUUAAAAGAGGAAACGGAGAAUUUGAGCACAAAAGUGCUGAGACUGACAACACAGGUGGAGGAGCUCGAGGCUGAGGCCGAAGAGCUGCGGGCAGACCAGCAACAGUUGGAAGCUGAAUGCAGGGAAGCACAGGAGAAAGAAUGGAACGCAACCAAACGAGCGGAAGAGUUUGAACAAAUGGCGGAAGAGCUUAAGAGGGAACUUCAGGGGACCAGGUCAAAAUUAGAAGAAAUGGACACCAGGUGUGCGAGGCUGGAGAAGGAGUUGAGCUGCUCAAACGAGACCCAGCAGCAACUUGUUUCAACCAACAGAGAACUCCAGAUGUUGCUAGAGUCAAAGUCUGACCAGCUGAGAGCGGUAGAAGUAUCAAAUCGUGAUCUGCAGCAAACUCUCAUUCAGCAGGGUGCAAACAGGGGACUGGAGCGGAAGCACGUGAUGGCAUUUCAGGAGCUGGAGGAUCAGAAUAGAAGCCUUCAGAGCCAAGUGAUGGAUCUUCGUGCCAAAGUAGAUCAAGUCUGCCAUCACAGCAGAUUGAGCUCCCUGGAAAAGUCCCUUCACGACCACAUGCAUUCUCGAAGCCUAUUAGGACGUUACAGCAGGUCACCUCCGCGAUCGUCUCAUGAACUUGAUGGUCACCAAGCCCACAGCAAUGCGCCUAGCAUUCAAGAAGGAGGAUCCUUGUGCCAAUCAAGAUCACACCACACAUCACCUGACCUCGGAAUUGACUCUGAUCCAACGCCAGAACGUGAGGACGGAAAUGAAUCUGCUCCCAUUGCCGGUGGCUUCGAAGAGCACUGGCAGCAUCGUAUGGGUGCGAACUGGUCAGUCACUUCCGUUCAGUCAGCACCUGAAGCGGUCGGCGCCUGUCCACUGUGCCAGCAGCAAGGGGCACCUGAAAACUCUGCAAAAGGCAGACUCAACUGGACCUUUGCUGGAGAAGCAUUGGACCACCUCGUGGAUGAGUCACCAUCUAAGAACAUAUUUCCUUCCAUCUGCUCUGCACCUUCAAUGACUGGCAUGCGCAUGUGUGCUGUUGUUGAGCUGAUGGACCACGAGCUGCUCAAGAAGCGAGUAGACGAGAGCAUUUGUCUCGUACGUCGACUCGAGGGGACUGUGCAGCAGUUGCUGGAUGUCUUAAUGGAGCUCGCACCACAGUUUGAUGAGGCUUCAAACAGCAAGGGACUGUUGCAAGAUGCCUUGACUGGCUGUCGCAGCAUCAGGAUCUGCUUGGUAGAGAGCUUCCGGCUCAUCUGCAGCUUCACAAUUUCUCCCAUCCCAGAUGCCAAGGACGAAUGUCAUCAACGCUGCUGCUACGAGAACAAGCAGUUAAAAGAUGAGCUCACCAGUCUCAGUGAGAAGCACUCCAAGCAGUCUACUGAGCUGCAGAAUGCCCUAGAUCAAAUAUCUACCUUCAAAGAGAAGAAAGAAGGCAUGGAACGCGCAAUAUCGAGACAGUUGAACAAGACAAAGAUGGUGCUGAAGCAGACCAGAGGAAACCUGAACGUGCUUCGCAACAAAGAUCCCAAACCGGAGAAAAAAUGAAGCCCUGUCUUGUUGUGAACUGUUUGUAAUGUCUAGGUGUAAAUACUGCAUUUUUAGGAAACUUUUUUUCUCUUCUUUUCGUGCUCAACUCGCACUGUGUGUUCACAAGCACCGUCACAGCAGUCAACAUGUAGGUCAGAAUGUGGGUUUGGAGAUAUCAUUCAUUCCACAGACUCUCAAGCACAGUACUUUCACAAACUUUGAAUGCCAAGGGCAAAUUCAAAGGGUUAGCUCUCCCUGACACUCUGGACUUGCUGGUCAACUGGAUCUAGGUAAAUGUUGUACCCCUUUAUAGUUUUCUAUCACUAUCACAUUUAAUAGUAGUUCCCUUUUAGGGUUAGGUUAGGGUAUUUUGUGAUUGAGAGUUGUGCGUUAAAGCAGAGCCCGCAGUGAGGAACUUUUUCGUUUUCCCCUCACUCAUGAUGUCCCGUUAUCUUGCCACACAUUUGACUGCACUGCCCUUCUCUGUCAUGUAUUAUUGUCUCGUCCUUGUGCUUUUAAUUCAGAAUUUUUUUUAGUAGACAACUCUGGUGCAAUGUACAUAUUUUUUAACAAAAUAUAUCCUUGUUCCACCA